GGUUCCUUGCAUAUAUACUACUCCCUAGUUGUUAAUGAUUUGUAGGCUAAAAUGGUGUCAUUGUGGAUUCUCGCGCCGUUAUUCGACUUAACUGCCUGUCUAUGUCACAUCUAUCGUCGUAGUACAUCCCAGUUGCAGGAACGGAACGGCGCUGGUUCGUCGAUUCCUUUCUUGUAAUCAUCCUUGAUUCGCCAUAUGUGCAUUAUGGCGCUUUUGCACAGAUAAUGUGCGACAUAGGCACCACGGAGCCAUAUAUGAACGCCAUUACGCCUUCGACCGAAAUUCGACAAUUCGUUUCUCAUGUCAUACAACCUGAUCUAUCACUGAAGCUAAGAAUCGGAAAAAUUCUUCAAACAAUUUUCAAGAAGGGCUAUCUAGGGGUAUUUUCUUAAGCAAAGGUUAAUGUACCCUCCUUUAAUAUUGCAAGAUGGAGUUGUUCUCUGACGCAGCCAGAAUUUACCCUACUCGCAUACCGCCAUGAAGCUUGUUCUACUUUUAGGAGCGGCCUUGACAUUACCACUUCCAACCGUCGCGGACUGGCAAUUCAAGUCCCGUUCGGAUUUAGCUCCGCCAAGGUUGAAUAUUACUAUUCCGGCGACUAAGGACGUCGAACAAGGAUAUUUGUUUGUUGCCCCUUUCGCGGGGCUCCCAGAUACACCUACGGAGCAGCAUGGUCCUAGACAGGCUGGUCCAUAUAUCUUCCGCGACAACGGAGACUUGAUUUGGUCUGGUUAUGGGAUCUACAGCAUUUGGUCCACCAACUUCCAAGCAGGUCGCUGGAAAGGCAAGGAUAUUAUCUUCAGUUUUGAAGGAGACCACAAUCCAGGUUAUGGUCAUGGACAUGGCCACAUUACUUUUAUGGAUAACCACUAUGAGACAAUUCGGGAACUCAGGGCUGGAAACCACAAGCUCGUCGAUAAGCAUGAGUUUCAUAUCAUUAACGAGGAAACUGGUCUCAUUCAGAUCUACCAACCAGUUCCCCGUGAUCUGACAGCCUGGGGUGGCAGCGCCGAGCAACAGUGGAUUGUCAAUGCCAUAAUUCAAGAACUCGAUAUUUCUACCGGAAAACUGUUAUUCGAAUGGUCAAGCCUUGAUCACGUUUCCCCCGAUGAAGCGAUCCUUCCGCUAAAUCCUGGUCAAGCAGGCUCUGGUUUCAACAGCUCCGAUGCUUGGGAUUAUUUCCAUAUCAACAGUGUUGAUAAAGAUUCCGAUGGGAACUAUCUGAUAUCUGCGCGUGAUGCAUGCAGCAUCCACAAAAUCAACGGCACUGACGGAAGCAUCAUCUGGAAGUUGGACGGAAAAGACAGCUCCUUUAAAGUGCCUAAGGAAGCCAAAUUCUGUUUCCAACAUCACGCUCGAUACAUCAGUCAGCAAGAUAAUGUAGAAGUGAUCAGUCUUUACGACAACAGUGCGCAUGGGACAGAACAUAAUGGAGGAUCUGAAGUUCAUACAGCACCAACAAGUAGUGGGAAGAUCAUAAAGGUAAAUACUACGUCGUGGGAAGCCGAGCUUGUCCAAGCAUUCUUCCCACCAGACGACCUUCUGUCUAAAUCCCAAGGUUCUACGCAGACGCUCCCGAACGGGAAUGUUCUCAUAAACUGGGGGUCCUCGGGGGCAGUGACCGAAUAUCUUCCCAAUGGAACACCGAUAUUCCACUCAUAUAUGGACUCCGGCUACUUGGGCCACGGAGUCGAGAACUACCGCGCUUUCCGUUAUAAUUGGACCGGCAUUCCAAAUGAAGAACCUGCUAUUGUAGCCCUUAAAGGCAAAGAUGGCAUAACUGCUUAUGUAAGCUGGAAUGGUGACACGGAGACCAAGACGUGGAGGUUUUACGCCUUGACCGACAACUACGGAUCCAAAUACUUCUUAGGGGAAGCGCAAAGAACGAGCUUUGAGACAUCCCUCCGUAUCCCGACCAAGAAUAUCAUCGCAAUAUCUGCCGAGGCUAUCGAUGGUGACGGCAGAUUGCUCCGGUACACGGGAGGGGCCGUUGUGGAGCAAGAAAUAAAGCCUUCGGAGGUACCGGGAGGGGCCUCCCUUCCGGAUGGGGCAAUUACAAAGGCCGUAGUGAAGCCCAGUAGCCGCUGGGGGGACCACGGGAUCCUAAAGUAUUUCCGCCUUCGUAUUGAGGAGCUGUGAGAUACUACGCAGCGUUGCACUGCCUACCAAGGGACUCCAACUAUCGGAGUGCCCAUGUUGUUCCGCUCCGUUGACGAUGCUUCGGGGGGUACUUGUGUCGAUAUCCUUUAUUAUCAACUCCUUUUACGAACAAACUAAAUUAUAAGAUGGGAGACGUACCUAGGUGUAAAGGGACACGUCGUAUUGUUGCCAUCAAAUAGCCGCUCGUUUAGGUAGAAGUGUGGUAGCAACUGACCUUAAUACAUUCAUUGAGAAAA